UCAGUGUCAUUGUGUUGGGCUGGUUCAGCUUUCAGGAUUCCUGUUUUCAAUUAGCUCCAGACAGUGACUCAAACCUGUCGCUUGUUGAAAGCAGACGAGAUUUUAAUGGUUUUGUGCUGUGAUUACAUUAACCAGGCGGUACCGGAGUGCCGUUCAUCACGAGUCAAUGGUUGAAUCUUGGAAUCUGUGCCGACCUCGUAACAACGACUGAUCUAGACCUGAUCUAGCUACGAGCUUCUUGGACCCUCCCAUGUACUCGGGACCACAUCGUUCUAUCGAAAGCAAAACAUCCCGCCGUUCGUACUAACACAUUCCUGGUGUACAUGCGUUAAUCUCUACCAUCAUCAUCAUCAUCCAUGCAUCGCUCUUAUCAGUAGCGGAGUGUCGUUAUCGGAGAUUGCACUGUACCCUUCGUACAGCGAUAAUUAAGCGUUACGUACGCAAUUCGGAAACUUUGCACAGUAGUCAUCCUCAGCUUUGCUUCGCACAGGUAUGGAACCUCACCUGCGGCUCGUUACCGGUACGAUCGAUCGAGUGUUCACCGGUCGGCAGCCGUGGCAGAUCGUCGCCAUCACCACGACGACGGUACUCGGCACGGUGUGGCUCUGUCAGUUGCUGUUCCAGGACGAAAGUCUUUAUCAACGUGCGAAAAAGAAGGUGUUCAAGCUGGCUCGUCUCAUACCGGCCGUACGGAGGAAGGUCGAUGCCGAGAUCCAGAAAAUAAACGACGGGUUCAUCAAGGACAUUAGCCAGGCGGGUAAUUACUACACCGAGCUGCCGAACGAUGGCAUGAGCCAGGAGGAAAUACUCAACCAGGUGGACCAAUACCUCGAGCUGGGUCACUACCGCUGGAAGGAGGGAUUCAUUUCCGGUGCCGUGUAUUACUACAACCCCGAGCUGAUAAGGCUCAUAACGGAGGUGUACGGUAAAGCGUCCUACACCAAUCCGCUCCAUCCGGACGUGUUUCCGGGCGUGUGCAAAAUGGAGGCUGAAGUGGUCCGCAUGACGGCUACCCUGUUUCACGGUGGACCAAGCGCGUGCGGUACCAUGACGACCGGCGGAACCGAAUCGAUCAUGAUGGCCUGCAAAGCUUACCGGGACUAUGCGAACGAUCAGCGCGGCAUAACCAAACCCAACAUGGUGCUGCCCGUAACGGCUCACACGGGUUUCGAUAAGGCGGCCAAAUACUUGGGCAUCUACACGAAGGUCGUGCCCGUGCAUGCCGACACGACCGAGGUAAACAUUGCCGCGAUGGAGCGUGCCAUCAACCGUAACACGGUCAUGUUGGUCGGAUCGGCCCCGAACUUCCCGUACGGUACGAUGGACGAUAUCGAGGCGAUUGCGGCGCUCGGACGCAAGUACAACAUCCCGGUACACGUGGACGCCUGUCUGGGCGGGUUUUUGAUCGUGUUCAUGAAGCGUGCCGGGUAUCCGGUGCGUCCGUUCGAUUUUAGCAUUCCCGGCGUGACGAGCAUCUCGGCCGAUACGCACAAGUACGGCUUCACGCCGAAAGGUUCGUCCGUGGUGCUGUACUCGGAGAAAGUGUACCGCCACUAUCAGUACACGGUGACGACCGAGUGGCCGGGCGGUGUGUACGGAUCGCCGACGGUGAAUGGGUCCCGUGCGGGCGGCAUUAUCGCAGCCACUUGGGCCACCAUGAUGAACUUUGGACUGGAUGGUUACGUAGAGGCAACGAAGCGUAUCAUCGAUACCACUCGUUACAUCGAGCAAGAAUUGCGUGCCAUCAAAAGCAUCUUCAUUUUCGGUACCCCAGCUACGAGCGUGAUCGGUAUCGGGUCGCGCGAUUUCGAUAUCUUCCUGCUGGGCGGAGAGCUAAGCAAUUUGGGCUGGAACUUGAACUCGCUCCAGUUUCCCUCGGGCAUCCACAUCUGCGUAACGUACAUGCACACGGAGGAUGGCGUGGCGGAUAAGUUCAUCCUGGACGUGCGCACCAAGGUGGCGCUAAUCAUGCAGAAUCCCACCAAGCCGGUCGAGGGCAAGAUGGCCAUCUACGGUGUCGCCCAGUCGGUACCGGAUCGGGAGCUGAUCGGAGAUUUCACCAAGUGCUUUAUCGAUUCCAUGUACUACACGCCGGUCGAUCGGAUGACCGGUGGCAAGUGAACCGCACGCGGCGCCAACGUUACGUCAAACGUACAGUGGCAUUUCAAACACAUCAGCGAGAGAGGCACCGGAGAGAAUUAGGGCCCCAGAAACUGACUCAAAGUCGUUUGUAACGCAAAGUAUAAACAAACGUUGUUCGAAGCCUA